GUGAAUUUCCGGUCACAUGACUGUCACGUGCUCCUCCGCUUCUACGAGCGGCCAAAACACUACAGUCUGUGACCAUUGCUAAACAUAAGGAAAUCACGACGGGACCAAACCGAAUGCUAACUUUCUGAUGGCGAUUAACACUGAUGUGGAAGACUGGGGUGGUACCGGCAGCAAUGAUGCUGGAGAAAGGGCAUGGCUCCUGCAGAGCCCCAGUGUGGACUCUGUCCAGCACCCGGAGAUGGCUGAGAGGAGCAGGGGCGUUUCAACCCUGGGAGCCGUGUUCAUUGUUGUGAAUGCAGCUCUGGGCGCAGGUCUACUCAAUUUUCCAGCUGCUUUCAACAUGGCGGGAGGAGUCACUGCAGGAGUGGUGCUUCAGAUGUUUAUGCUGAUCUUCAUCAUCAGUGGGCUUGUCAUCCUGGGCUACUGCUCCCUCGUCAGUAAUGAAGCCACCUACCAAGAGGUUGUCCGAGCCACGUGUGGAAAAGUCACCGGAGUCUUAUGUGAGGUAGCCAUCGCUAUCUACACUUUUGGUACCUGCAUCGCUUUCUUCAUUGUCAUCGGGGACCAGCUGGAUCGCUUGAUUGCUGCUGUAGAGGAUAAAAUAGAUGGAAAAGUCAGUAACCACUGGUAUACUGACCGCAAGUUUACCACCGUCAUUACUGCGAUCCUGGUCAUUCUUCCUCUCUCCAUCCCCAAAGAGAUCGGCUUUCAGAAGUAUGCAAGUACCUUGAGUGUAAUUGGAACCUGGUACGUCACAAUUGUGGUCAUUUUGAGGUACAUCUGGCCAGACAAAAAGGUGACUCCAGCUUAUAUUCCCACCAGUUCUGCUUCCUGGACGGCAGUUUUUAAUGCAAUGCCCACAAUAUGCUUCGGUUUCCAGUGUCACGUCAGCUGUGUGCCAGUGUUCAACAGCAUGAGAAAGAAGGAGAUUAAACCCUGGGGAUUUGUCGUGACCCUCAGCAUGAUCAUUUGCCUUUUUGUUUACACAGGAACAGGCGUUUGUGGCUACUUGACCUUUGGCUCCAGCGUGAAUCAGGAUGUGCUGAUGUCGUACCCUUCAGAUGACAUCGCCGUGGCUUUUGCAAGAGCAUUCAUCGUCAUCUGUGUGAUCACCUCCUACCCCAUUUUACACUUCUGUGGCAGGGCAGUCGUAGAAGGACUUUGGCUGCGUUUUCAAGGUGAACAGGUGGAGGUAUGCGUGCGCCGCGAGCAGAGGAGGAGGAUCCUGCAGACACUGGUGUGGUUUGUUGUCACCCUGGUCCUCGCCCUCUUCAUCCCAGACAUCGGCCGUGUCAUCUCACUUAUAGGAGGGCUGGCGGCCUGUUUCAUCUUUGUGUUUCCAGGUUUGUGUUUGAUGCAAGCAAAAAUGUCAGAGACAGAGAGCCGAUCUUUGAGCUGGCAUGCUUUGGUAGGCUUUGGUGUUGCCAUGGUUACCCUUGGUGCGUUCAUCUUUGGCCUCACAACCUCAAACUCCAUCUAUCAAGAUGUCGUCAACUAGAGGGGCUGGUUGUUUUCAGAACCAGAGUGUUCCUCCAAGAUGGGACAGCUCGGACCUCUGCUGGUACCAUGAACAGCUGAAUGAGAUGAAGCAACUCAUGUUCAAAGAUCCUGAUCAUCAUCAUCUGUUCCAACACAAACUGCCAAGAUCUGCAACAUUUGGCUGCAGCAAAGAGUGACCACAAAAAUCCAGACUUCACUCUGUCAUUCCAGAGGGAGACGGACCGCCCUUUUCAUCUGUUGACACUUUAUUGAUGAUUUAUUACUGUUCAUAGGAAAUGAAGGACUCUGCGUAGAAAGGUCUUACAAUCAAAUUGAUUUUACGGAUGAAAUUGUACCAAUUUAUGACUUUUCACUUGCAUGUUAAUGUUGCUUAUAGAAAGCAGAUGUGUGUUCUGAUCCACAAUCAUCUCAUACCGAAACUUUGUCUUUUUCACCGCAAAACAGGUUUAAGCAUUAUGUUGAACAUGACAAGACAGCAUGUUUUAAAUAUUUAACAAGUUACAUAACUAGUUAAAGUAAGUUUAGGGCAGAAUACCUCAAUUGUUUUCAACUGUGGACUUUAAGUUGUUUUAUUUUUCCUUUUGGAAAGAUACUUAAUUAUGUUUGACUUUGACUUGCACUAAAAAUGCAGAGCUGUUUAUUGAAGCUCACAGCCUAACUAGCUGGUAGGACUGUUUAGACUAAGUGGACAACCUGCAUGCUUUUAUAACGAGAACCAGUCCCUAAUACAAGUGUUAGCUUUCUGGUUAGAGAAUGUGGAAUCAAUAGUUAGUCAAAUGAACAAAUUACACUUUUGACAUCAGCUUCAUGACAAAAAUAAUAUACUUUUGAAACCAAAGUUUAAGCUUUAAGUUAAAUUCUCAUCAUGCCAAGUCUCUGCUGAUUGCUGUACAUAGAUGGUUGUAAAUAUAAAUCAUUUUAUUUCCUAAUUUGUAAUUAGUGAAGCUGCAAAAGGAAACCUAAGAACUGGCAGACUAGCAGCACAUUUAUCUGUGCAAAAAUGAUACCGAUAGUCCUAUAUAGGCAUUUUGUAGCAACUCUAAUGGAGAAUCUGGACUUCAAUGUCUAAAGUUUUUGAGUUCAGAUUUUUUUUCUUCACGCUGAUAGACUUGAUUUGUUUUUUUCAAAGGGAAAGAAAGCAUUACAGCAGGGCUGGCCAACUUUUUUCCUUAAAGUCUGCCUCUCUGGGUGUGUUGUCGUUCUCUCUACACUACUUCCUGUUGACUUUAUACCUUAAGUGUUUCCUCUUUCUAAUUCGAACACAUCUGAUCCAGGUAAGGACAGUUAGAAAAUGGACAGGGUGGUAGAUCUCAAGGACCAGGGUUGGUCAGCCCUGUGUUAAAGCUUCAGGCAGUAUUUAUCUGAAAAUUUCAGUGUUGUGGUGCUAAACUAUUUUGUGGCAAGAGCACUUCACUUUUUGAAUCUAAAUAUUGCACACCGCCAUAUUCCAAUCAACAUUUUCCCUCUUUUGGUUGGCUGGAAAGAUCAGGGAAAAUCAAAGACUCACCCAUCAUCAGAUUUCGAUGCUUUUGCUCUCGUCAAGUCACAUUGUGUCAUAUGGUUUUGAGUUCUGUACAUUAAACUGAUGAAAAUGCAUGUCCAUAAACAAAGUAGGAUAUGUGCAAUGAUGGA